CAAAUGAGAAGGUUAGAAAAGAAAUUACAUCACCAUAACUAUUUUGCGGACGAAAUUUCUUGAGCUACAUCGUAAGUUUGGCGGAAAUUGCCGAGUGGUAGGGUUGGCGAUGAAUGCCGAGCAUUCAAACGUUAACGUUUUAAUCAUUCACGUUGACCGACGUCACGCUUUAGUAACAUUGACGUGUACAUACUGUUGUAGACCGGAAGAGUCAUAAAUUCACGUUGUGUGGAGUCGUUUGUCUUCAUCACAACAACGGAUUUAACGGAUUUCUGAGAUGAGACUUUCCCGCCUAUCGACCACGUGCGCAGUGCUCAUCUGCUGCGUUGCCUUGGUAGCACGUGCACACGAGGGCCACGACCACGCGGACAUCCCGCCUGAUCAGAGACCGACGAACUUCAAUGAUCCAAAAUUCGCUCAAAAUGAAGCGCACUUGAAAGAACACUUGAAGGACGAGAUAAACAUGAAAGCGAAAAUGAGCCCAGAGGAAAUGGAGUUCCACUACUUCCGGUUACACGAUACUAACAACGACACGCACUUGGACGGUAUUGAGAUCCUGCAGGCGAUGGCGCACAUGAUUCCCGUACCGGAACUGACGCUGCAGGAGAAGCUGGGCAAGUCAAAUGAGGCAAUAGAGGCGAUGAUGGAUGAGCGCCGGAAGGGCAUGAUGAAAUACUACGAAGACAUCAUUGACCGCGUACUGCGAGAUGACGACAUAGACAAGGACGGGUACCUAACCUACUCAGAGUUCGCACGUGCGCGCAGGCGCGAGGAGUACCACUCGGCGCGCAUGCACGAGGAGCACAUGCGUCAGCAGGCCAUACAGUACGAACAGUUCCAACAGUGGCAGGCAAUGCAGGCUCAGCAAGGCAAGCAGGGCACCCAGAUGGGCAAUCCCAACAUCCCUCCACCUCCUCAACAGAUGAACCAGAUGAAUCAGCAGCAACAGCAGCAGUUCCAGCAAUUCCAACAGUACCAACUACAGCAACAGCAGCAGCAACAGAAUAAUCAACAACAACAGAAAUAUUAG